GAAUGAGAACGGAUGUCGCGAAAAAGGCGUUCGCUUGAUAACCGCAUACAUGGCAGUUGAUUGUGGAAGCAUCGAAGCUAGUAACGUGUUGUAGUGUAAAGGUAUUGUUACGUGUAAGGUGUUAUUGUGACGACACAGUUAAAAAGAUAGUGAAGCAGAAAACGUGAAUGUGACGUCACAAAGAAGUCGAUUAUGUUAGAAUUAGACAACUCUUCGUUGCCAGGCAACAAAACGGAAGUUUAUAAACUGCCACAAGUCGAAAUCGUGUUUCUGUUGAUUGUCAUCGUGAUCGGGUCGAUCGGAAAUCUGUUGAUUAUCGGCUCCAUAAGAUGCGAACGCCGUCUCAAGAACUCAGGAGUUGGUUUUAUUACAAACCUAGCGCUGGCUGAUCUGGCAAUCACAGCAUGGUAUAUGCCGGUUGUGCUUGCCAAUGUUCUGUCGGGAUACAGGAACGUAUUUGAGGGUUCGUGGUUAUGCGAGUUCACGGGAUUCUUGUCUUGUUUAUGUUGCGAGGCAUCCUUGUGCACGUUGAUGUUUAUAUCAAUGGACAGAUAUUGGAAACUUAUUCGUCCUGGUUCAUAUGAGACUUGGUUCAGCAAAAGAAAGACACUGGGGUGGAUUGCAUUUAUCUGGAUUGCGAGUUUCUUGAUCGCAUUACCAUUGAUUGUGGGCUGGCAAGGGAGUCCCCCUUUGCUUACGUUUAACGAAAAGAUGAUGUCUUGCAUGUGGAAUGACGAAGUAGCAUACGGGUACAACAUAUUCCUUGUAUCGACCGCCAUCUUUGUUCCCUUAUGCGCCACCGGGUUCUUCUACUUCAAUAUUUUCGCGCACGUGAGACGGACAAGGAAAAAAAACGCGACCCGGGAAAUAGCGUCACCUAACGGAAGCUCGAUACGGGCAAUCCAGCAAUCAACCGUAUCUGAAUCUGAAGAAGGUCAAAGUUCAUCGUCAGUCGUGCAGAACGUUCGUCCGCACCAUUCGCGACAUAGUUCUAUAAAUAGUCACAAAAACGCUCGAUCAAAGCGGGUUGGGGAACGAGAACGAGCGCUGAUGUUGACCUUAAUGGUCGUUGUUGUAUUCUUCGUAUUAUUCUGGUGUCCCAUAUGGCGUUAUGACGUUGGUGUGGCAUCAAAAUGUGAGUGCGUUGGCGAAACGGGCUUGUGGUUGGCUUGCUCUAAGUAACAGUGCCAUUAAUAGCUUCAUAUACGGGAUCAUGAAUCGAAACUUUCGUCGAGGUUACGUCACUCUCAUAAAACGUAUGCGUGACGUCAUAUGUUGCGGACGAAACGUGACUGGGGCAAUGUCGAAAACGAAGCCCUGGUUAUGCGUAACGCAGCAGAAGGAUACGUCAGAGGAUGACGUCAAACAACACAGCGUUAAAUUUGGAUAAACUGUUAGGAUUAUUUUUAUUACUGUAUUUUUUUUACUUUUUACCGCCGUACAGGGUACUCUUGUUUUUUAUUUAUAUUGCAUAAAUGUUGCCAAUGUUGUUGCUGAAAUAAAGUAUUGUUUUUAUUAAA